CGGUUUUUGCUGCCUUAGUUGGAGGGUUAAUCCAAAAUCCAUUUAACUGCAGAGUUAAUCGAUUGCAUUUUCUUUUAACGUAUCUGCUCGCUCUCGCUGGACAAAAAAACCCCCAAAGUGAAACAGAUUCAGCUGCGUUGCAUUUUGCUCGUCUUGUUUUCAACAUAUUUGCAAGCUGCCCUUUGCAUUUUCUCUCCCCCCCUUUCUACCAAAGAUAAUAGUAGCUCUGCUUUCUACCGCCGCGCCUUCCCCCUACAGUGGGCAGUAUUACUGGGCCCAGCAAUGGAGAUUGUGCGCUCCCGCUUGAUUCCAGCCUCCCUGCUCCGCGCCGCCUCCACCGGCGCUUUCCAACUCAAGGAGCCGCUCAACUACCGACACGGGAGCCGGCUGCAGCCGUGCGGCGGCGAUGGGGACCGCAGAACCGAGCAAGUACAUGAACCAGCUUCAGGUCGGGUGAUAUGUGACUUCAUUUGUUCCGGACGGCAGGAGGUCGAUCUGGCAGUGCAGAGUUCCAAGGAAGCAUACACUACUUGGAGCCGCCUCUCGGGGUUGGAAAGAAGCCGCGUUUUACUGGAAGCUGCAAGACUCAUAAGGGAACAGAAGGAAGAUAUAGCCAUUGUGGAAUCGAUCAAUACUGGGAAGCCCAUUACUGAGUCCAGGAUGGAUGUGGACUCUGCGUGGCAGGCCGUGGAGUAUUAUGCUGGGGUUGCUGGAACACUAGCAGGCCAGCACAUCCAGCUGUCCGGAGGGUCGUUUGCCUACACGAGGAGGGAGCCGCUGGGCGUGUGCGUGGGGAUCGGGGCGUGGAAUUACCCCUUCCAGAUCGCCUGCUGGAAGUCAGCCCCUGCCCUGGCUUGCGGAAACGCCAUGAUUUUCAAGCCUUCGCCCCUGACCCCUCUGACGGCGGUGAUGUUGGCUGAGAUCUACUCUCAGGCUGGGGCCCCCAAAGGCCUGUUCAACGUGGUGCAAGGCUCCGUGGAGACGGGGAAUCUCCUGUGUGCAAGCAAGGGUGUGGCCAAAAUCUCCUUCACUGGCAGUGUGCCAACUGGCAUCAAGAUCAUGGAAGCGGCAGCAAAAGGCGUAAAACACCUCACGCUGGAACUGGGCGGGAAAUCUCCGCUCGUUAUUUUCUCUGACUGCGACUUGGAAAAUGCCGUGAAGGGAGCGAUGUUGGCUAAUUUUCUGAGUCAGGGUGAGGUGUGCAGCAAUGGCACAAGGGUGUUUGUACAGAAGGAUAUAUUGUCACCGUUCCUUGAGAAAGUAGUGGCCAGAACUAAAGGAAUAAAACUUGGAGACCCCCUGCAUAAAGAUACUCAGAUGGGGGCACUUAUUAGUAAACCACACCUGGAUCGGGUGCUGUCUUACGUGGAGCAAGCCAAGGUUCAGGGCGCAACGGUUUUGUGCGGCGGUGACGUGUUCCUUCCCGAUGACCCAAAACUGCAAGACGGAUACUUCAUGAAGCCAUGUAUUCUAGGAGACUGCCGAGAUGAGAUGACCUGUGUGGCGGAGGAGAUAUUUGGACCUGUUAUGUCGGUCCUGCCGUUCGAUACGGAGGAGGAGGUGGUACAGAGGGCAAACAACAGUGAGCUCGGUUUGGCAGCUGGAGUGUUCACCAGGGAUCUGACUCGAGCUCACCGGCUGGCUGCUGCCCUUGAGGUUGGGACGUGUUUCAUAAACAACUACAACGUCGCCCCCAUUGAGAUGCCGUUUGGAGGCUACAAAAUGUCUGGAUUUGGAAAGGAGAAUGGAAUAGCUGCGACCGAAUAUUACACGCAGCUGAAGAGUGUGUACGUGGAAAUGGGAGAUCCAGAAUGUGCAUUCUAAACUGCUCCCAUCUCAUCCCUUCCCAAAUUCACCGUGUUCACCAGAAGCAGUGAUCAUUUAAUUUCAAAUUUUGAAACAGAUUUCAGAUAUCCUUUUUUGCAAUGAUAUACUUUGAACUUGAGCAGUUUAUCGGAGCGACAAGGAAUUGCAGAUGCUGGUUAAUGACACAAGGACACAAAGUGCUGGAGUAACUCAGUGGGUCAGGCAGCAUCUCUUGGUGAAUGUGGAUAGGUGACAUUUCAGGUCGAGUGUGAAGAAGGGUCUUGACCUGAAACAUCGCCUAUCCACAUUCUCCAGUGAUGCUGCCCGACCCGCUGAGUUACUCCACCAUUUUGUCUCCUUUAUUCAUGUUUAUCACUGUGUGGAUCCAAUUGUAAAAUGUCAACUGGUUAAUCGUUAAUAAAUUCAUAAAUCUCUC